AUGAUUUUCUGCCUAAUCCUAGCCGGUUUGUUGCCGGAAUUUGGGGCCCUCAUCACCGAAGCCGUCUUCCCGUUCAAUCUCACUUUUGGCGGGGAUUGCCGGUGUCCAUUUUCCAUCGAGCCGGUGUGUGGCCUAAAAGCUGGCAUCGAGUAUACGUACAUCAAUGAGUGUGUGCUCGGGUGUGCGGCCAGGACCAGCGAGAAGGCCGUCCAGCUAUUGUAUCCGGGUUCGUGUUGUCGUGCCCCGAGCUGUACCCAGUUUGACGCUCCCGUCUGCGACAUGAAUGGUGACAUGUACUCCUCCAACUGCGAGUUCGAGCUGUCCCAGUGCAUUGCACAUAGGCUUCACGGCACGCACAUCGGUCUCGAUUCGCAGGCCCCAAAAUGCGAAUGCGUUCGACAAUGCAGCCACGACUGGGAGCCGGUAUGCGACACAAACGGGAAGACGCACGCGAAUUUGUGCACUUUUCUCAACUAUCGAUGCUUCCAUAAAAUGCAGCUGAAGGAGAACAUCGAGAUCGACUACCUGGGUACGUGCUGCGAUGAUAUUUGCUCGACAGCAUUCCGCUCGCAAAUCUUCUGCGAUUCGGAAGGCGGAACUCACCGCGAUCUGUGCUCGUUCUACAAAGCACAGUGUCGGCUCGAGAAGCGCUCGAACGGCGAGGAGAAGCUCAAGAUUGUGAGCAUAGGCGCUUGCGCGCGACGCGCCAACACGCUCGAGCAGCUCCUCAGAUCGAUAUUUGUCAACCAUUUG